CGCGUACAAUGUUUUUUUCCCCCCCACUGACACACGACAACUUUCGGAGAGGAAACCUAAGAGACGCUUCGACUGUCGUUUUCUCUGUUUCCACGGUGAUGCAUCUCAGGAGCACCUGCAUUAAUAAGCACUGCAUCAUCUGACCUGAUCCUGGUCGGCUAAACUCAUCUCGCCGCCCUCUGACAGUCACUCAUUGACAGGUGUGGGCCUCACCAGUUCCAGUAUGGACGCUGAAGAUGCCCACUUCGGGCAGGGCGUGUUUGGGGCUCAGUUCUCUAACCCAGCCAUGAGCAUAAUCGGGGCUGAGGAUGAGGAUUUCGAGAAUGAUCUGAAUGAAGUGUGGGAUGAGCAGUCCAAACACUUCAACAGUGUCAACCAGUUGAAGGAUCGGCCGACCCACCUGCUGGUCUUCAUGCAACAUGUCAUUCUGCAGUUUGACCCUGCUCCCCUGCUGUGUUACCUCCAUGCUGACCUCUUCAGGAACCUCAGUGCCAAAGAGACCAAGAAGCAAUUUGUGGAGUUCUACAACACUUUCUUGGACAAGAGUGCAAUUCUCAGAGUGUCAAUACCACCUAGUAUAGCCUAUGAAUUGGACCGAACCCGUCCAGAUCUGCUCCCUGAGGAGACCCAAAGGCGUUAUGCUCAGGAGGUUCAGGUCGUGCAGGCUGCUGAAGUGGCCAAGCAGCUGGAAGAUUUCAGGCAAAAGAGGAUGAUGGGCAUGACCCCCAACGAGGCUGAGCUCAUCGACGUGGAGAGCCACUAUCCCACCGACCGCAUCCCGAUGGAGAUGAAAGAGAAGUCUGUAGCUGAGAACCUGCUGGACAAGAUGUCUGAGACACAACCUACAAUUGUCUCGGACGAGGAAAAAUGCCAAUCCAUCUUUUCAGCGGUGGCCUUCUACAUGAAGCACCUUGGGGUUAAAACCAGAGCAGUUGACAGUAAGAAGUCCAGAGGGGGCUUCUUCAGGAGGCAACUAGUAAAGAAUAAGAAGGAUGAAUCCACAAAGGGCAAGCCCAGAGGGGUGUUUCCUGGCAUCCCCAGCUGGAUUGCAGGCAACACUGAGGUCAAACCUAAAACGGAGGCUGAAGCGGAAAAGGAGAAAGUGAAUCCGGAGCGUAAGGGUCUAGCUCCCGGCAGAGGCUCCCUGACCGACCCCGCGGCCCCGUCCCUCCCCAGCAAGAAGUCUGGUCCCAGUGCAAGUCCUGCCUCUCUGCCUGGGUUAGAGAUCAGUGAUGGCUCAGGCAACAACGUCAGCACAGCCAACAGCCCUGAGUCUUCACACAUCGAUGGCCUCUCAAGCAAUCGCUUGGAGCCUCCGACCCUGUUUGACGGGGGUGAUGUGUCCCCCGUCGGGUUGGGAGGAGGGGUGACUGUCGGGGAGACCCUGUCACCUAGCGACACUCCCACAGAGGAAAACCUGGAGAAAGAAAGACGGAAGACAAGUAGGAAAGUGGCGCGUAGCGAGAGUGCCCGCGUGGACCGGCACUCCUCUCGGCGCCGUGGCUCGUCCCGGGCCAAACAGUCUCGCUCCCGUAGUGAUGUGGACCUCCAGCCUCCGUCCUCCACGACAACACCUGCCCUGUUCACCCCCCAGCACCUCCAUCCUUUUGAUGGACCAGUUUUAGCUCCUGAAGGGCCCGGCAACUCCCCAACCAGCCCGUCCCCACAGCUGGAGGAGAUGGAACCGCGCCUCCUGGAGUUUGAGCACGACCCGCCCAACUGGAGGGAGCUAGCCUCCCCUGAAGCCCUGUCCAGUCUCGGCAAGAAGGAGACCAAGAGGCAGGAGGUCAUCAAUGAGUUGUUUGCAACUGAGCAUGCCCACGUGCGGAUGCUCAGCGUCCUUCAGAUGAUAUUCUCCAGGCCUUUGGAGAGAGAGGAGCUCCUGACCUCCACUGAGCUGGCCGCCAUCUUCCCCAACCUGGAUGAGAUCAUUGAAAUGCACUAUAACUUCUAUGAGAACCUGAAGAAACUGCGUUUGGACGACAACUUCAUAGUCAAAUCCAUCAGCACGACGGUGCUCAACAGAUUUGAGGGUACAGAAGGGGAGUGGUUCCAGAAAUUGACAGCCCGGUUCUGCAGUCACCAGUCGUGGGCCUUGGACCAGAUCAAGAGCAGGCAGAAGAAAGAGCCACGCUUCAACUCCUUCAUACUGGAGGCAGAGAGUAAGCCCCAGUGCCGCAGGCUGCAGCUCAAGGACAUCAUUCCCAUAGAGAUGCAGAGACUGACCAAAUACCCGUUGCUGCUGGAGAAUAUUGCUAAGAAUACAGACGACCCGGCAGAGAAGGACAGGAUCCAGCAGAGCGCAGAGUGCUGCAGAAAGAUCCUCAACCAUGUCAAUGAGGAGGUCAAAGUGAUGGAGAACCUAUUGACUCUGAAGGACUACCAGCGUAGAUUGGACACGUCAGGGCUCAAACCCAGUAAUGAGCUUUAUACUGAAUAUAAGAACAUCGACCUGACUCAGAAGAAGAUGCUUUAUGAAGGCCCUCUGACCUGGAGAGUCACAAAAGAGAAAGCGAUUGAGGUGCAGUGUGUGUUGCUCGGGGACCUGCUGGUGCUCCUGCAGCGGCAGGAUGACAAGAUGGUCCUCAAAUGCCAGAGCAAGAGUAACAUUGCCGUGCAGGAGGGCAAGCAGAUGCUGAGUCCAAUUAUCAAGCUGGACUCUGUCUUCCUACGUGAGGUGGCCACAGAUCGAAAGGCCUUCUAUGUGAUAUUUACCUGGGACAGCGGUGCUCAGAUCUAUGAACUGGUGGCCCAGUCUGUUGGAGAGAGGAAAAUCUGGACUGAUGUAAUAAAAACUGCAGUGGAUGAUCUAAAGAAGAGUGGAGCACCCAUGAGGCUGACGUUGCCUCCUGGAAGUGGCGGAGCUCCCUUCAGUCCCUCCACGCUGACUGCCCCUUUGAGCCCGACUGAGAAUGGGGGUUUGAAAAGCAGCAGCGAUCGAGAUAAGGACAGCUUGACGGAUGACAAGUCUUCAGACCCCAGGCACAGGCUGAUUGAUUUCCUGUCAGAAAAGGGCUUCGACUUGAUAGGCCACUCCAACAGCGAUCAGGAGAAGGUGGCCAGCAGUGCUUUGGAUGAAGUCAAGUCCCUGAAAAGGCUGUUGGUCGGCAGCAUCAGUCUAUCAGAAGACUCACAGCCCAGUGAAGAAAACGGAGAGGAGCAAUUAGAGAGGCCCAGUCAAGAAAUGGAUAGCUUUCAGUCAACAGACGAAAGCCAGACCACAGACGGAGCGGAGGAGGAGAACGAUAACUCUUACGAAAAAGAAGGUGCAGGGGCGAAGGGAGAGGAGGAGAAGAGCAUCAGUGCGCCCCUGGUGCUGUCCCAGGAGAGGUUGGAGGAAGUGUGCAGGAGGCUCCUCAGUCUACAGGAACAACUGAAGAGACUACAGACUGUAGAAGAGGAGCAUCACAGGCUGCAGGAGGCCCUUUCCAAGUUCUCACUGGAGGGGGGUAACUUCCAGUAAGACGCCAUCACGCCACCUGCUGGCCACUAGAUUUUUACUGGUGCUGGUUUGGAGUGCAACAGUUACUUUCAGAGGCUUCCCUGGAAAUUCGUCAAUCCUCACGUCUGGACCCUUGCUGCAUUAGAGGGCUUCAUGCACGCUGCAGUGGUUCAGUGAUGGAGCAUGG